AUGGCGGACUCAAAGAAGAGCACGGUAACAACACAAACCAACCCGCGCGGUAUUCCCGUCGCACCAUUUAUCGACAAUGUCAACGACUACGUCUCUUCCCGCGAUGAUGUCGAGCCCACUCUCCGCAGAUUCCAGGAGAUGAUCUCCAAGUACCAGUUCAUGGAGUCGAACACCCAGCGCCGCGGUCAGGGACUCCGCGAGAAGAUCCCCGAUAUCAGAAAGACGCUUGAGAUGGUGCGGUUCUUGAAGUUGCGCAAAGAGUCAAACCCUGACGCCGACCUCGAGACCAACUUCGAACUCAACGAUACGCUGUACGCCCGGGCUUCGAUCUCACCUGCUGAUGCUGAGGAGGUCUACCUCUGGCUCGGUGCGAAUGUCAUGCUGGCCUACCCGCUCAAUGAGGCCGAGAGCAUGUUGGACGACAAGCUUUCUGGUGCGGAACAGAGCUUGAAAAACUGCGAGGAGGAUUUGGAAUUCUUGCGCGAACAGAUUACGACAUUGGAGGUCGCUACGGCACGCGUGUACAACUGGGAUGUUGUGCAACGACGUAAAGAUAAGGCCGAUGGGAAAGGAGAUGACGAGAAGCGCCCUGGCGGUGCCUAA